GUAGUCGUUUAACGGCGGCGGCCGCGGGAGAAUUCGAAUCGCAUUCCGUGAGCGCCAAGUACACGGAUUCUAUGAGGCUUUUGUGAAUUGUAAAACGCUACAACAUGGCAAGACGAGAGGCGUUUCUACAGGCUGUAUUUAAUGGUGCCAUUGAUGAAUUCUUGCAUUUUAUCCAACUUCAUAAGGAUGCAGCUGAUUCAUUCGAUCUGAAUGAGCUGUUUCAAGAACUAUCAAGGAAACAGAAGGAAGCCUUAUGGGAGAAGUUAAAAUGCUUGUUAACGCAGGUUUUGGUAGAUGAUCCAGUAGAGGAAUGGCAGAGAGUUGGAGAGGAAUGUGAUGACGACAUGGAAAUGGGGGGAGCUCCCAGAAAGGAGCAAACCACAGCUGUAAUCCAAGGUGUGACAACAGUGGUUACUAUCUCCAUACCUACAGUAGAUGGAAAUAUAAACUGCAGAGAUCUCCUAGAAUGUGCCCUGAUAUUGAAUGGGGCUCUUUAUGCAUUUCUGGACUCUGAGAAAUCUCUGGCUGGGGCUGUCCAGCACCUUUGUGAAUGCUGGUGGCAGAAGGGCCUUGAAGGGAAGGAACAGUUUGGGAAAACCGCUUUCACCCUGAUUCUGAGAAACAGCUUUGAGAGGAAAAGCAUUGCGAGUGCAGAGAUAACCAAACUAUGGCAAAUUCACCAGGCUUUACUGUGCUUUGAUUAUGACUCUGAAGAGAGUAAUGAAGUGAAGGAUUUGUUACUUCAAUGCUUUAUGAGCAUCAGCCAUAUUAAAAAAGAAGAGGGGAGAAGAUUCCUGAGUUUUCUCUUCACAUGGAAUGUAAAUUUCAUUAAAAUGAUACAUGGAACUGUUAAAAAUCAAUUGCAGGGGUUUCCUCGGUCCCUGAUGACAAACAUUGCAGAAAUUUAUUUCAGAGCCUGGAAAAAAGCUUCAGGGGAGAUAUUAGAGGUGAUUGAGCAUAAUUGUAUUCAGGAUUUCAUGCAUCACGCAAUUCAUCUUCCCAGAAAUUCCCCACUGCAUCCUAAAACAAGAGAGUUGCUGAGCUAUUUCCACAAACAAAAUAAGUGUCGCCAAGGAGUUGAGGAGGUGCUAUAUAGACUAUAUCAACCUAUUCUUUGGAGAGCACUGAAGGCCAGAAACUCAGAAGUCCGAUCAAACGCAGCGUUGUUAUUUGUUGACGCUUUUCCUAUUCUGGAUCCACAUUUUAGCAAAGAAGAUACUGAUAAUGAAAUUCAAAGGCAGUUUGAUGAACUCUUUGCUCUCCUGGAAGAUCCUCACCCUCUGGUCCGCUCAACAGGGGUGCUUGGCGUCAGUAAAAUAGCAUUCAAAUAUUGGGAGUUGAUUCCUGCCACGGUGCUUGCUGACCUCUUAAAAAAACUAGUUGAAGACCUUGCUUUUGAUAUAACUUCAGCCGAUGUUCGCUGCUCUGUUUUUAAAUGCUUGCCGAUAAUUUUGGACAACGUCCUAAGCCACCCGUUAUUGGAACAGCUCCUGCCAGCCCUGAAAUACAAUCUCCAUGACAAUUCUGAGAAAGUUAGAGUGGCUUUUGUUGAUAUGUUGCUGAAAAUUAAGUCUGUCAGGGCUGCAAAGUUUUGGAAGAUCUGUCCUAUAGAGCAUCUCUUGACUCGCCUUGAGAUCGAUUCACGGCCGGUGUCACGGCGCCUAGUAAAUCUUCUGUUCAGUUCUUUUUUGCCUGUUGAUCAACCUGAAGAAGUGUGGUGUGAGCGCUGUGUCACGCUAAUCCAAAUGAAUCCAGCCGCGGCAAGGAAGUUCUAUCAGUAUGCUUACGGGUACACGAGCCCAGCCAACAUAGCAAAGUUGAUGCUUACCAUUCAGAGCUGUGUGAAUGCCUGCAUCCAGGAACGAUUAAAGGCAUGUGACAGUGGGGAUGAAGACAGUGAAAAAGAGAACACAAGUAUGCCAAAUAAUGUGCUGUCUGUCGCUGACAUACCUUCCAUGGGAGGUUUACUCGAGGUUGUUGUAAUUCUCUGGAGAAGCAUUCAUAAAGUACUCGAUCGCAACAAAGGAGCGAAAAAUCAUAUAGUCAGGAAAUUUGCUUCUGUGCUUGGAGAAUAUUUUAAAACAUUUACGGAUGAUCGCUGUAUCUCUCCACUGCUUAUCCUAGCAUCUUUCAUGCCACCUGCUGCUAUUCCUGCAUUCAGUUGUGGCGUGAUCUCUAAACUGAGGAAUCUGGCAAAUGGUGCUACUGAUGAGAAAUACUCUACUCUAAUAGACUGCCUGUGUCGUUGGGGGAAAGUGGGCCAUGUUCUUGAAUUAAUUCAUGAUUGGAUAAUUGCUGAGCCAAGCACAAGAGAGAGUAACGAGACUUCUAAGCGCCGAGUACGUAUCCAAGAAAUGCAUGAAUCAAAACCAGAAUUGGCACUUGAUUAUGCAGAGUACUUACUAACUCAUCACAUGAAUCGGGAUUGUCUUCUCUCUCUCCCCAAAGAGAAACUGAGCCAGUUUUUGAAAGUUCUUCAAACGGCAAAGGUCGUUCUGGACUGUAAUAUUAGAGGAACUCAUACAAGAUUUCCUGGCUUUCAUCGGACAACUGCUCUGAGAGCCUUCAGUCUCUAUUGUAGAUUAAGUAUUCAUGUGCAGUACAAGUUUGCCUCUGAAGGACUAGAUUACCUUUCAGAUUUGGAGGAAACGGGGGUUUGGAUAGAGAAUACAGUUCUACCAGCUUUUUUAACAGAAGAACAGGAAGGCAGCUUGGAUCUAUCCAAUGAAACUGCUCAGCUGGUCAUUCAGACUUACCUGACAGUAUGCAAGGACUUAAUAGCUGUUGGUCUUGGGGAUCUGCAAUUUGAAGUGCACCUUCUAAACAUGGCACUUGUGAUCACAUGCAAAGGCUAUGUCUUCAUUCCAGUGUUAAUUUGCAUUCUGAAAGAGAUGGUUGAAGCGUCUUUAGUUCAUCACCUAGAUAGCAGCGGGCAUGUGGCUGAGCUGCUUGACAACAUGCAGAAGAUGUUCCAGAGAGUUCUAGAAUGUUUGGCAAUCAGGCUCAGAAGUCUUCGGGAAGAAGGAAUUCAGUUAAUUCACUCUGUUCAGGAACCUCUUGGUGAAUUCAUACACGUGGUCCAGGGCUGCGCUGUGACUUGUCCAGUCAUUCACCACGGUGUCCUUUCUUCCCUGUUAGCUGCAGUCGUGGUUGAGACAGGUUAUAUGUUACAGCAAAAGGUAUCCAGUUCAGAAGAGCUAACACCACCUAAGACUUUUUCAGAGCUUCCACCACUUUCAUACGCUUUAAUGAGAACAGUGAUUAAAUCAGUGAAUGUAAUCAGAUCUUUUUUAAAUGAGUUAAUGGAAAGCAUUGUGAAUGAUGAACUUGACGGAAUACAUAGCAUUACAUCAGCUGUGUAUAUUGUGGCUUUAAUUAAAGGUAAAUAUAAGCCUUCUUGUAUCAAAGAUACUGCAUCUGCCCUUCAGGGGAAGCUCACAACAUACAGCGAAAUUACCAAGGAAGACGUCAGCAGCACAAAACGAAUGCUGUACGAAUUUGCUUUGCUUGCUUUGGAUGAAAUACUACGUCCUUGACCACUAAAGUAUUUACAAGUCAAGGAAACCAAAAAGAAGAUGCAUUGGAUCCUUCCA